UUCGAGAAACCGUUGGAACUUGCUCCUCUUGUAGUCCUGUGUAACUCUGAGGCUACUUCUGUAGCUUCCUUCUUCCACAAUCGCAACCAACCCAUCACUCACACACAGGAACACAAUGUCAGAAAACAAAGCCAGAACGAUCAAGCUGUUCUGCCCAUCGGUUCUGAGCACAGCCCGAGUACUGGUGGCACCGUUGGAGCAGAGGCUGGACUUGGGCUCCAUAGCCCGGACGUUUGGGCUCGACCCAUCGACGGUGAAGCUCAACGGCCACUUCAUCAGCAGAGGAACCGACCUCGUCGCCUCCUCAGUCACAUGGAAGUCCCUCCUCUCUUUCUUCUCCGCCAAGGGACUCUCCACCGGGGAAAACGACGCCAACCCGCUUGUUGUUGAUGGCAAGCUCUGCAAAGUCGGCAACAAGCGUAGAGGACAUGAUGCUGUGAAGACUAUUGGGUAUGUGACUGAAGAUGAAGAUAGUAAGCAUAGUAAAAAGACGAGGACAGGUGAUCCAGGAUGUGGAGUGCCCAGCUACAAUGGAAUUUGCUCCAAGAGAAAGCAAUUGCCGGAAGACUUAAACUUGCUCAAGAAGCUAAAAAUUAAUGAAACUAACCCCGAUAACAAAGGAAGAAGCAGAGACCUAUGCAACAAUAUCUCAAACACGAAAACCCAAUUUGGAUGCAGCUACACAAGCGGACAAGCGAAGCGAAUGAGAGAAGAUGAGGCAGUCGAAGUCUCUCCCUGGAAAAAAAUGAGAUGAAGUUUCCUUUUUUAUCUUCUAUUAAGUUGUAAAUGUUGAAUCCCAUUAAUCUCUUGUUUUGCAUCCCAAUUCCAGCAUUGACAAUCUUCAUAUGUUUCAUUCA